AUGCCGUAUUACGGACAAGGCCUCUGGAUCAAGCCCUUCCUCGGGCGAGGCCAAGAGAUUCUUCAGAUCCUUGAGGCACGAGACAUCUUCAAACUUCAGAGGCUCACGGCCGCUCUCCGCCAGCAGUUCCCCACUGAGCUAGUUGAUCUCAAGCAGUUCGUCAGCAUCGCCGAGCUGAAACAGCACCACGAGGAGUCCGUCAAUCAGUACCUCUUUCGUUGCAAGAAAAUUGCUGAGCAGGUUGGAGACGACCCCAAGCUGAUGGAUGUCCUUGCUUAUAAGACGAUGGCCGGGCUGCGUGGCGGAUCGCUCCGCGAAAAAGUCCAGUGCACUGUCGGAGAUGAGCACGGCAGCGGCCGCCCAUUGCGGAGCGACGUCCUACGCGUCAUGGGAUAUCUAAGCGGGAGUGGCAUGGUCGGCGCGGAUGUUCCCCCGUCGAGUGUCGAUAGGGGUGCUGUCUCUGGCUUCGGUGAGCAGGUUGCGAGUGGAGUGGCAAUCCAUAAUGAGCACGACAACGGCGACCAGGAGGAGGGUGAUGGAGCCGUUGGUACCGGCGGGCUGGACAGAACCGAGUUAAGCAGUGACGAUGGACUGACGCUGGAGGGGCUCCACUUGUCGGAGGGGGCCUUCAACCCACAGGUCCCAGGACCCGCGCAACUGGACGGUCGCUACGGUUCAAUGACUCAACAGGCUUAG